AUGUUGCUGCCACUUAAAUCAUUACAACCUAUUCUUUUAAAUGAAAAAAGUUGUAUCAAUUAUUUGAUCGAAAAAGGAGUUCUUGAUAUCAAUCAAUAUGUAAUUCAUGUGCGCAAAUUAAAAGUUAAUGAGAUUCUUCAAAUUGGAUAUUAUUGGUUAGCAAAAACUCCACAUAUCUCAAUUAAAAACAUUACAGGACACUCACCAAAUACUAUAACAUAUUAUACUAAUCGUUUUAGAGCACUUAUUAGAAAAAGGAAACAUAAUUAUGGUCACCAUGUAAAAGAUGUUUGGGUAUUUGGUGGUGUAGAAUGGACUACUGAAAGAAAAAUAUUUGCCAAGGUUGUUAGCAAUAGAACUGCUAAAACAUUGCUUACUGCAAUAGAGGAAAAUAUUAGCUCUGGAUCUAUAAUAUACUUAGAUAUGUGUCUCUAUUAUAUUGACCCCAAUACGGGUGUUUAUACUAAUACUAUAGAGAGAACAUGGAAUGAGAUUAAACUCCAGGUUCACCCAAGAAAUCAUACUGAAUCAGAAAUUCCAG